UCUGCUUUAAAAUACCCUUUAAUAUUAUGUGUCUCAAAGCAAAAAUUAUAAAUUAAUUAUUGCAUACAUGCAGUUAUAUCAAUAAUCGAUUCGGCUUCUAGACUCUGAACUAAUACAACGUCAUUAUAAUUGGUUAAAAAUGUAAAUAAGUUAUACUAAGCCCGUUUUUCAAAAUGAUCACUGCACUGUAAACUAUUAGAUAUCUAUUACGUUGGAAUAAUUUUAAACCGCCUUAAACUCUAACCAUAUCUAAGCUGGGUAAAAUCAAUAUUCUGAGCCCCAAAAUAUACAGAUCUGUAUAGUUAACACACAAUGGUCUUUUCAAGUGUGAUUGAAACGUUCUUUUCAUACUCAGUUGUUUGAAAAAGACAACAUUUUACCCCGUGAAACGGGCAAAUAUUUUUUCGUUGCUAUAAGUAAAGUAGGUCUGCGUUUUGAAAUGCUUUUUUUUUUAUUCUGUCAUUACGUAGUUGCAAAAUGUAAAUAACAUUGUUUGAAGUACACAUGCAUAUAUGAGACUGGACUCUGGAUAUUGACCACUCUGUCAGAAAAUGAUCUACGCUGGCAACUGAGUUACCAUGAAAACAGGAGAGAUUUGCGAUAGUCUUUUAGUGCAAUAUUUGCUGUCAGCAUAUUCGGUACUUUAGCAACCACCUUGGUCAAUGAACACAGAGAUUUGAAAGAACUCUUAGACAAAGACCAGGAACAAUGUCUCAUUUUGAACGAUAUGCAGCGUCUGCUCAGGACAAAAUCACCAGUGCAAUGCUCUCAAUAACUACAGCAAACACUUCAGGUAAAAGUAAUCAUAGCAGCAACGAAAUUCUCGACACAGAUGAGAUUCUGCGAGAACUCAAUGCCAAAAAAGUUUUGCUACUACUUCCGGUAAUUAUUUUUGUAUUCCUGACAAUUACAAUAGGAAUCGUUGGAAACUUUCUAGUGUGCUAUAUAUACAGAUUCCGUCUGCGAAGAUCGCCUUCGAGAUAUUUUAUUUUAUUUUUGGCGGUGUUAGAUUUGAUAUCAUGUUUUGUUGGAGCAGCCUCCGAAUUGUCGGAUCUUUUUCAGCCAUACGUGUUCACAGCAACAUGGUCUUGCAAAAUACUUCGAUUCGGAUUGUCUUUCACGAUAAUUUCAGCUAGUUUCACUCUGAUCUGUGUCGCUUUUGACAGAUACUACAAAGUGUGCAGGCCUUUGAAAGCAUUUCCGGUGAAGAAAGUGAAAAUACUCUGCGCUGUUGUUGUUUUGUUAAGUAUUGGACUUGCUAGUCCGGCUCUGGCUAUAUUUGGAUUAAAGUCUGUGAAAGUCGACGGUUAUGCAGGGUUAAUAGGAACAGAGUGCUCCACGGCUGAUAAUGUCAGAAAAAGUGCACUGCCUAUUGUAUACUAUAUAAUACUCUUUUCUGCAUUCUUAGUGUUACUGACUAGUUUUAUACUUCUGUAUGUCAAAAUAGGCAUCGAGAUUUGGAAAAGAAAGAAGCGCACCAUAGGAGAAACGUUACCGACUUUGAUAAAAGAAAUUAAUAAUGUGCAAUGGACAAGGAACACUAGGAGUGAAAGUGUUCCAUUAGACGAUCCAUCUAGUCGUUCAGUUGACGAAUAUAGUGAGACACGUGCCGGAUGUGAAUCUAUUGAAUCACGUGCCGGAUGUGACUCUACUGAGUCACGUGCCGGAUGUGAAAACGCCAGUGUAAUUGAAAAUGAUAGCUUUUUGAGCACAUUGGAUAGAACAAAAACGAUCAAUUCUUAUACCUUGAACGAACAGAAAUCAGUAACGUCAAGACCUGUUCUGAGGCGACGAAGAUCUAAUCUAGGCCGGAUGUCAAUCAGAACCCUUAGAACAACAAGCAUUUUCUUUGCAGUGUCAGCUGCAUUUGUACUAAGCUUCCUACCAUAUCUUAUUGCAAAUAUUCUCAAAUUCACAAAAGUUGCUUUCUCUGAUAUACAGAAUUCUGCAGAAGAAGUUACGUAUAAUUUCUGUGCUCGAUCUUAUUUUAUCAGUAACUGCAUCAAUCCAAUCAUUUAUAGCGCCUUGAAUGUCAAUUUCAGAAAAGAAUGUAAAAAACUGUUAAAACGAAUUUUGCGGAGAAUUAAACUUUGUUGUUUGUGCAGAUCUGAAUAAAUUAUUCAAAACCCUAAA